GCGGUCGGCGGGGGCGGUACCCUGGCCGGUAGCUGUGGGUUGGGUAGGGAUGCCCCUCCGACUCUUGGAGGAGUGGGUAGGGCGAUGGUCCGCGGUCCUCCUGCGUCCGUCCUAGAUUCCCACUUUGGACUUGGUGACCGAAUUGGAAGACGCGGCGUGGAUUACUGCCACAACACUCUGUUCCGGGAAGAUGCCACUGACCUUUCGGGAAGAUGUGUCGGAGCAGCCCCGGGGUGGAAUAUUUGCAGGGGUGAAGCAGGUUAUGAUAUCGCGAGUCUUGACAUGUUGAAGUCGUACAGGGGCUGUUACCUAUAUGCGUUUCAAGUAUGGACUCUAUGCCCCCUGACUCCUAACAUUGGGUCGUGAAUCAGGGUUCAGUGAGCACAAAAAAAGCAGAGCCCCUCCGGGUCACCGGGGAGUAGAAGCAGUCCGGCUUUUCGAGAUCAUCGUCUUCUGGAGCUGGCAGUUCCAAAAGGGAGCUGAGGCUCUGGCUUCUUCACUCUCAGAGGCUGGAGAACAUGAGGAGGCAGCCUGGGACCUUAAAGGUAAGCCUGGGCCAUGCGGGAGGCUGGCUUCCCAAGGUCUCUACAGAGAUAGUGGGGCUCUUGAGGACACUCAGCUGUGUGAGGGAGCAGGCGGAUUUUGGGGGGUGGGGGGAGUGGGCAGCUGUCUCCUUCAGCUCCCAGGGGCCUGACCCAGGUCUCUGUGCGGGGGCCGCAGCCCUCGCAGCGUGGCGUUUCUUGCAGUGUAAUCGAGGGUGUUGCUUGUUUAGAGAGAAACAAGUAAGUCCAAGAUCUUGGUAAUGUUCUAUUAAGCUGAAUUGUUGCUAUGUAGGUCUUUGUUUUAUUAUCCUUUAGGCUCUGAAUACACUUUUUGUCUGCCCUUGUGUGUGUGAUAUGUGUCAGAAUUGUGAAAUCCUGGGGUUCCUGACAGCAUCAGUGUCAUGGCUGGGAGGGGCCCCCCUUCUUCAUGUGGCAGCGCCUGCUGCACUCCUGUCUGGACAGUGGCUGCCUGUCCAGGGCAGCCCCUGUGAGGGGCUGUGUGGUUUCUUCUGGGACGGGGUUCACCUCACACUCUCUCUCUCUUUUUCCUCAGCUCCAGCCCUGCUCUGAGAGGGAAAGCGCGUGAUGGCAGCCAUGCCCUUGACCGCCUGGCCCCAGGUGAGCUGUGGCUCCUUCAGCUCUUCCUCCGAACAGUUUCAAACUGAAGAAAACCGAGAAGGGAAGCUGAAGUCGGUGACCUUCGAGGAUGUGGCUGUGUACUUCACCCAGACGGAAUGGGAUGGCCUGUCCCCUGCACAGAGGGCCCUGUACAGGGAUGUGAUGCUGGAGAAUUAUGGGAAUGUGGCCUCCCUGGGAUUUUCGCUUCUCAAACCUGCUGUGAUCUCACAACUGGAGGGAGCAGGUGAGCUGGGGCGCCCAUCUCCACUGGUGGCUGGAACAGAAAUAGGCCCCCAGGGCCUCUGGACUGUAGAAAUUGAUAUCCAGACUGACAAUAAUUUGACAAAGGAAGUGUAUGAAGAAAAACACAAUACAUCACUUGAACUUCAGAGGCACUUUUCCCAGGGGACAGACUUUUCAGAAGCCUGUAUUCUAGAGAAACAGCAGGAAGUCCAUUUGGUAGGAAGCAUGAAGAAAGAAAAUAGCGUCAUUGAUGGAACAGUGAAAGACGACACAAGCCCUGUGGAGGAGGGUUUGUUUAGUCAGAGUCCAAACUUGGGUCAGUGUCACGCCGUCAGCCCUGGAGAGCAGCCUCCUGAAUGUAUAGGAUUGGAGAGAGCCUCCAGCUUUGACACAAAACUUAUUCAGCAUGAAAUAAUUAAUUCUGGGGAAAGACCUUUUAAAUGCGAAGAAUUAGUGGAAGCCUUCAGGUGUAACUCUGAGCAUCAAGAUGGCCACACUGGGGAGAAGCCCUAUCAGUGUAAAGAGUGUGGCAAAGCCUUUAGCAUUAAUGCAAAAUUAAUUUGGCAUCAGAGACUUCAUAGUGGGGAGAAACCCUUCAAAUGUGUGGAGUGUGGGAAAAGCUUCAGUUACAGUUCCCAUUAUAUCACACAUCAGACAAUCCACAGUGGGGAGAAGCCCUAUCAGUGCAAGGUAUGUGGGAAAGCCUUCAGCGUGAAUGGGAGUCUAAGUCGGCAUCAGAGAAUCCAUACAGGAGAGAAGCCCUAUCAGUGCAAGGAAUGUGGAAGUGGCUUCACCUGUAGCUCUGCAUAUAUCACACACCAGAGGGUCCACACUGGAGAGAAGCCCUAUGAGUGCAAAGACUGUGGGAAAGCUUUCAAUGUGAAUGCAAAAUUAAUUCAACAUCAGAGGAUCCACACUGGAGAGAAACCUUACGAGUGUAAUGAGUGUGGGAAAGGCUUCAGGUGCAGCUCCCAGCUGCGGCAGCAUCAGAGCGUCCACACUGGGGAGAAGCCCUAUCAGUGUAAGGAGUGUGCAAAAGCCUUCAGUAAUAAUGCAAAACUCAUUCAGCAUCAAAGAAUCCACACAGGCGAGAAGCCCUAUGAGUGUACUGAAUGUGGAAAAGCCUUUAGUGUCAAAGGGAAGUUAAUCCAGCACCAGAGAAUUCACACAGGUGAGAAACCCUAUGGGUGUAACGAAUGUGGGAAAGCCUUCAGGUGUAACUCCCAGCUGCGGCAGCAUCUGAGAAUCCACACCGGGGAAAAGCCCUAUGAGUGCAGUGAGUGUGGAAAAGCCUUCAGCGUUAAUGCAAAACUAAUGCAGCAUCAGAGGAUUCAUACGGGGGAGAAACCCUUUGAGUGUAACGAGUGUGGGAAAUGCUUUACUUCUAAAAGAAACCUGCUCGAUCAUCACCGAAUCCAUACUGGAGAAAAGCCUUAUCAGUGUAAGGAGUGUGGGAAAGCCUUCAGUAUCAAUGCCAAACUAACGAGGCAUCAGAGAAUACACACUGGGGAGAAGCCUUUCAAAUGUAUGGAAUGUGAAAAAGCAUUUAGCUGUAGUUCUGACUAUAUUGUACAUCAGAGGAUCCAUACUGGAGAGAAACCCUUUCAGUGUAAGGAGUGUGGAAAGGCCUUCCACGUUAAUGCCCAUUUAAUUCGGCAUCAGAGAAGCCACACUGGGGAGAAACCAUUCAGAUGUGUGGAGUGUGGCAAAGGGUUCAGCUAUAGUUCUGACUGUAUUAUACAUCAGACUGUCCAUACUUGGAAGAAACCCUACGUGUGUAAUGUGUGUGGGAAAGCCUUCAGGUUUAGCUUCCAACUUGCUCAGCAUCGGAGUGUCCAUAGUGAAGGAAAAUCCUAAUGAGAAGGAUGUAGAAAACUCUCAAAGUUAAUGAAAUGGAUCAAGUAUCAGAAUCACUGUGGUGGAAAACCUUGAGGGAAAUGAAUAUGGCAUCUUCCCAUGGAAACACAUCUUUCCCCUCUUACUUUUAAAAUCAGGAAUGAUGACUGGUUAAAAAGUAACAACCAAAAAUAUAUAGCUUGUCUUACACCGACAACCAAUUAGAAAAUAUGAAAAGAUCCCAUUCCCAACAUCAUCAAGAAAAGUGGCUCUCCUAGGAAUAAACUUAAGUGUUAUACAGGAUUUAUAUGGAGAAAGAAAUCUCCACUGAGGGCCACAAAAGGAAAAAUAAAUGGGGAGAGAGGGAAACUUUGUUCUUGGAUAGGAAGACUCAUGAAGAUCCUCCCUCUACCUAAAUUUACUUCCCUUUCAUUUUGGACACCAAGCAUGUAUCCCUUUUGUAAAGAGGAUAAACAAUAAAGAUUUCCUUAGA